AUGGUUGAAGCCAAGAACUUUAGAGACGAACUUAUUGCUAAUGCAAGAGCUAUUGUUAGACCAGGAUAUGGUAUCCUUGCUGCUGAUGAAUCAACUGGAACCAUUGGUCAAAGAUUCGCCAAGAUCGAUGUUGAGAACACCGAGGAGAAUAGAAGAGCUUACAGAGAACUUCUCUUCACAACUGAGGGUCUCGAAAAGCACAUCUCAGGAGUCAUCCUCUUCGAGGAAACUCUUGGACAAAAGACCACUGACGGUGUCCUCUUCCCAGAGCUAUUGCAGUCAAAGGGAAUCAUUCCAGGCAUUAAGGUCGAUAAGGGACUUGUCAUUAUUCCAGGAACCAACGAGGAAAAUGCCACAACUGGAUUAGAUGGUCUAGCCGAGAGAUGCCAAAAGUACUAUUCUCAAGGUGCCAGAUUCGCCAAGUGGAGAGCUGUUGUUAAGAUCGGUAACGGAAGACCCUCAUUAGCUGCUAUCAUUGAAACCGCACACACUCUUGCUAGAUAUGCUGCCAUUUGCUAAGCUAAUGGACUCGUCCCCAUCGUUGAACCAGAGAUCCUGACUGAUGGUGAUCACUCUAUCGAGGUAUGCGCUGAAGUUUCCGAGAGAGUUUUCAGACAAUGUGUCUAAGCUCUUCAAGAGCAAAAACUCCUUCUUGAGGGUCUCCUCCUCAAGCCAAACAUGGUCACCCAAGGUGCCACCUCAACCGAUAAGAAAUCAGCUGCCGAGAUCGCUUGGUACACCGUUAGAACUCUAUCAAGAACUAUCGUUCCAGCAAUCCCAGGUAUCACUUUCCUUUCUGGAGGUCAAUCAGAGGAAGAGGCUACCCUUAACUUAAAUGAGAUGAAUAAACUAGAUUCUAAGAUUAGACCAUGGGCUCUCUCAUUCUCAUAUGGACGUGCUCUAUAGUCAUCAACAUUAAAGGCAUGGUCAGGUAAACCAGAGAAUGUUAAAGCUGCUCAAGAAGCUCUCCUCACCAGAGCUAGAGCCAACUCAGAGGCUACUUUAGGUUCAUAUGCUGGUGGAGCCGCUGGAGAUUCUGCAAGCCAAUACGUUGCCAACUAUUCAUAUUGA